UCAAGUCUCUCUCUCUUUAUUACGUACACAUCCCAAAAUGAGUUCUUUCAUUCUUGCUUUGAUUUUCAUUUCCCUUACCUCGUCUUUAUUAGCAACAGGAGCCCAAUACAAUGUGCUCAGUUAUGGAGCCAAACCAGAUGGCAAAACUGACUCUACCAAGGCUCUUGUAUCUGCAUGGAAACAAGCAUGUGCGUCUACUAGGCCUGCCACCAUUACAAUACCGGCAGGGAGGUUCUUUAUCAGUAAAAUUCUGUUUCAGGGUCCAUGCAAGAACACUGCAAUCUUAAUAAGUAUAGAUGGAACACUUGUGGCUCCAUCUGAUAUUUGGGCAAUUGGUAAUGCUGGAAAUUGGCUCCAUUUUGAGAAUGUCAAUGGGGUUACGGUUUCUGGAGGCGUCCUUGAUGGUCAAGGCAGUGGCUUGUGGUCCUGUAAGGCAUCUGGCAAGCAUUGCCCCAGCGGUGCAACGUCCUUACGCUUUUCUGGGUCAAGAAAUAUCGCAAUCACUGGGUUGACAUCACUAAACAGCCAAAUCAUUGGAAGUUUAGGCAAGGAUCUUCGAGAGGCUGGAGUGCAGAAUGUGACAGUUAAAUCUGCCAGGAUUGCUGGUACUCAAAAUGGGCUAAGAAUCAAGUCUUGGGGGAGACCCAGUAGUGGAUUUGCUAGGAACAUUAUCUUCCAACAUGUUGCUAUGAACAAUGUCAAUAAUCCUAUAAUAAUCGACCAAAAUUACUGCCCACAUAACAAAAAUUGUCCUGGCCAGGCAUCUGGCGUUAAAAUUAAUGAUGUGACAUACCAAGACAUCCAUGGAACAUCAGCCACAGAAGUUGCAGUGAAAUUUGAUUGCAGUAAAAGGAAUCCAUGCACUGGGAUCAGAAUGGAGGAUGUAAAGAUAACUUACAAUAAUCGACCAGCAGAUGCAUCCUGUAACAAUGCCGAUGGAAAAGCUUCAGGUGUCGUCCAACCUAGUAGCUGCCUGUCAUAAGUUGGAAAAUAUUUGCUGGUUCCCUGCAUGAGGAGUUAUAUUACUGGUACUU